AUGAAAGAAUACGUUUCAAAUCCACCUGUUCUAAUGCCACCUAGACCAGGAGAACCUCUUAUUUUGUACCUCACUAUCAAAGAAACGGCUCUGGGAGCUCUCUUAGCCCAAUAUCAGGAGGGAACAAAGAAAGAGGUUGACAUAUACUAUCUCAGCAAGAAAUUCUUGGAGUAUGAUACAAGAUAUACCCCACUGGAAAAAGCGUGUGUUUCCUUGGUCUAUGCCACAAGGAAGUUAAGGCAUCACCUUCAAGCUCAUACUACUUAUAUGAUCUCAAGACUUGAUCCAAUCAAGUAUCUGUUUGAAAAACCCAUUCUUAGUGAAAGAUUGGCAAGAUUGCAUGCUAUGCUUUCUGAGUUUGAUAUUCAAUGUGUCAGCCAAAAAUCUGUUGAAGGACGAGUUAUAUCUGAAGCCCUGGCAGAAGGACCAGUGUCAAGGGAUGAGUAUGAUGACGCAUUCCCUGAUGAGUACUUAUGCUUUAUUGACAAUCCACAAUGGUGCAUGUACAUUGAUGGAGCCUCUAAUAGGAGAGGUAAUGGAGCAAGUGUUUUGUUUGUAGAUCCUGAUGGAGUCUAUAUUCCAUUUGCAUUCAAACUGGAUUUCCUAACAACAAACAAUACAGCUACGUAUGAAGCUUGUAUAUAUGGAGUAAAGGCCGCCUUGGUAGCAGGCGCGAGACAUUUCACUGUGUAUGGAGAUUCUAAUCUCAUCAUAUCUCAAACAAUAAGAAUUCGGAGGGUUAGAGAUGAGAGACUUCAGCUCUACACUAAGUACCUUCAAGAGUGGAUCCCUUAUUUCGAUGACAUCAACUUCAAACAUCUUCCUCGAGAACAAAAUAGUUUCACUAAUGCUUUAGACUACUAUCUCGCUGUUAAUUUAACAUGGGAAAAUGGGACAAAGAUCCAGUCAGUUUUAAUUGAAGAAAGGAAGGGACCAAUAAUGACGGUAGCACAAAUGGUCUCCACACUGACUCAACAAGAUGAUGAUGAUGUCUGCUACAAGGAUAUCAAGAAUUUUCUGAAAACAAUGCAAUAUCCAGAGGGAAGUGGCAAGAUGGACCACAUAGCCAUCAUAAGACUAACUACUCAUUUUCUCAUACUAAAAGGCAGACUAUAUCACAAAGGGUUUGAUGGUACCCUGCAACUCUGCGAGAUGAUGAGCAUGCUCCAGCGGAUGGAGACUGGCAUUAUGACCAACACAGCAGCCAUCCAGGGCCUCAACCAACAGGUUGAUGCCAAUGGUGCAGUUCUACAGAGCCUCAGUCAACGUGUCAAUACAUUGGCCAAUGAUCAGCACAUGGCUCUGUAUUCAAUGUAUGACGAGAACUGCCACUUUCAUUGA